AAUGGUUAGUUCUGCAGUAUUUUAAAGCUCGAAGCAAGAGGAAAUAUUUUCUUUCGCUGGGAGAGGCAGCCCUCUGAUUAAUCUGCAGGACCUCUGACGUGCCAAGGACCUAGAGAGUAGAGGUCACGGGUGAAACGUCAUUAACAACGGCGCGAGGCGAGAGCUGUGGGGAUGGCUAAACAUCAUCCAGAUUUAAUCUUCUGCCGCAAACAGGCGGGAGUGGCUAUUGGAAGACUAUGUGAAAAAUGUGAUGGCAAGUGUGUUAUCUGUGACUCUUAUGUACGGCCUUGUACACUGGUGCGCAUAUGUGACGAGUGCAACUACGGCUCUUAUCAAGGGCGCUGUGUGAUAUGUGGGGGUCCUGGAGUCUCUGAUGCCUAUUACUGUAAAGAAUGUACUAUUCAGGAAAAAGAUCGAGAUGGCUGUCCCAAGAUUGUCAAUCUGGGGAGUUCAAAAACAGAUCUCUUUUAUGAGCGAAAGAAAUAUGGCUUCAAGAAAAGAUGAUCCCAUCUCCUCUGUGGAAGUACUCCUAAAAUAUUUUUGGACUUCAAUUUUAUAGGAAAGCAAUUAAAUGUAUUUUGUCUCAGUUCUUAUAAUUUGAUGGGAAAAACAUUGCUUACUGAAAAUUAUUCUUGUCAUUUUUCAGUGAUAACUAAUGUUACUGAGGAAGUUAAAUAUCAUUAUAUGCCUCAUAGUAAGUAAGUAGAAAUUCAGACCAUGGAUCUUGAUAGUCACAGUACUUUUUUUUUCUGACAGAGUUCUUUCACUGUAAGUUAGGCCAAAUCCAAGGCUUUCUCAAAAAUUUGACUAGCUGUUCUUUCAAUGUUAUGGUGGAUUAUGCCUCAAUAAAGUUUUAUAGUAAUCUUCUAA